AGGGCAGUCUCGCCGGAUACGUUGCUGAGGCAUGAAGUCUCACCUAUUUUGUCAAAACAACUGUUAAAUGGGUUAUUUCUGAUUCGAAAGUUCACACUGCAAAACCGAUGAUUGGCCAAAGAAAAAGUUAUGUAUGAAAAAGAAGCAAAACAGCAAGAAGAAAAGAUUGAGAAAAUGAAAGCUGAAGCAUGUGAUGAUUAUGGAAUUAAGAAACAGAUUGAGAUCUUACAAGAGUCACGAAUGAUGAUUCCAGACUGCCAGCGCAGAUUAGAAGUUGCACAUGCAGAUCUUACUCAACUACUAGAAAAUGAAAAAGAAUUGGAAGAAGCCGAAGAGUAUAAAGAAGCACGUUCCAUACUGGAGUCAGUGAAGCUGGAAUCCUAGAAGUUUUUCAGUACUCCCUUUAUAUGCAUUAGCACUGGGUCCAUUCCACACUUUCAUUUGACUGUGGCUCUAUUACUACUGUUGACUUGCUAAGGUUCCCUUUAUGCAAACUGGCCUUUCUCUAACUGCAAGAUGCAUCAAAUAAAGGAUGUUCUGAAACAUCUGUGUGGUCCAUAUUCAGGCAAAAUAGAAACAUUUCCUGUUCACCUCAA